AUGAACUCAACAAAUCCAGAAACAGUUUUAGGUUUUGGUAUGUGGAAGCAGAUUGUAGAUAAAUUCUUAUACUGUGCUAGAUAUUCAAAGCAAACAGGAGGUUCGAAGAAAAUUAAAGAAGCAAACCUUCCACCGCACACUCAUACAGGAACUACAAACACAACAGGUAAUCAUUCACAUUCAAUAACAAAAAGAGGUUAUAUAAAUCUUGCAGCAGGUUCGGAUAGACAGGGAAUGAAUAGAUAUGAUAUUUCAAGUGACCCAGUAGAUUCAAGCACAGGUAUUUUCUGUGGAACCACAGGAAAUCAUUCACACACUUUCACAACAAAUCCAACAGGCUUGGGUGCAGAUUAUAUGCCACCAUUUGUGACUGUAUUCGCAUGGUACCGCGUUCAAUGA